UGUCACUGAUUGACAGCGUCACCGAUUGACAGCUCGUGCUGGGACAACAAAAAAUCCAACAACAAAAAUCGGCGUUCUCCCGGGCUUAAAGCAAGUGUAAACAAAACUAGCCGGACAUUCGUAAGCAAAUCUGCUGUCGGAACGAUGGGGCGCAGAAAAUCGAAAAGGAAGCCACCGCCAAAGCGCAAGAACAUUGAGCCACUCGAUCAGCAAUUUAACUGCCCGUUCUGCAACCACGAGAAGUCCUGCGAGGUCAAGAUGGAUAAACCUAAAAACUCGGCCAAAAUAUUAUGUCGUGUGUGUUUGGAAGAGUAUCAAACGUCGAUAAAUUUCCUAUCCGAACCGGUGGACGUGUACAACGAUUGGGUGGACGCGUGUGAGACUGCAAACUGAAUACACGCAUGCAGCACGCGCUGGGCAGCAAACUCGCAAUGCGCAGAUGGCCACGCUGAUCUUCUAUAUGCAUAAGGAUACUACAGUCUAAUGUGAAACAAGAAUAAAUCAAUUUGCUAAGGUAUAUGCUAACACACACA